AAACUCAAAUUUGUGCACGAGUUCCAAGUGCGUAGGAGCUGACGUAACCUAGCAAGAUCCGUCACGGAGAACCGAAACGGAAACGAAACAACGCCCGGUAUCACGAUGUCAAUUCAUAACAAGUAACGCCAAAAUUUGUAGACACUACAAAUAGUCGGUUUCCUUUUCUUUACCAUACAGUGACAGUUCCCGUAUUUGUAAAAUUCCAUAUGUGUUGAAAGGUUUUAUUUUUUAUUCCUUUACGUCUCUCGAAAACUGAACCGCCGCAAUUGUAUCGGAUUAGUCAGUCAAUGAAACGGUGAAGAUGGGUGUUGAUCUCGAAUCUUUAUCGGAGGCGACUUCUGGUGCCGUAGGAUCACUGUUGAGUACGACGAUCUUGUACCCGCUUGACACGUGUAAGACCAAGUACCAGGCCGAGGUCAAAGCUCAUGGCCAGCAGAAAUACAGGAAACUCUCGGAUGUUUUCUGGGAAGCAAUAUCUACUGGUCAGGUUGCUUCCUUAUACCAAGGCCUGGGGACAAAAAACCUUCAAUCGUUUAUAUCGCAAUUUGUCUACUUCUACGGCUACAGCUAUUUCAAAAGAUUGUAUCUGAAAAAGAGUGGUUCUAAAUCAAUUGGAACAAAAGCAAACUUGAUUAUUGCUGCUACUGCUGGGGCUUGCACUGCCAUCGUGACUCAGCCCUUGGAUACAGCCUCCUCAAGGAUGCAGACAAGUGCCUUUGGAAAAUCCAAAGGGCUCUUAAAGACACUCUCAGAAGGCACUUGGAGUGAUGCGUUUGAUGGGCUAGGCAUCUCUCUUUUGCUAACCUCAAAUCCUGCCAUUCAGUAUACGGUGUUUGAUCAGCUGAAACGACGACUCCUGAAUGCACAACAGAAGGGUUCACCUCCGCUGGUCCUCUCUGCCUUCAUGGCAUUUGCACUAGGUGCUCUUUCAAAGAGCAUUGCUACUGUUAUAACAUAUCCUGCAAUCAGGUGUAAGGUAAUGAUUCAAGCUGCAGACUCAAUGGAUGAUGAAACUAAGAAAACUCAGCCAAGAGCCCGCAAAACAUUGGCUGGAAUCAUUUAUGCUAUCUGGAAAAGAGAAGGCCCUCUGGGCUUCUACAAGGGAUUGCAUGCCCAGAUCUUGAAGACUGUGCUGAGCUCGGCUUUGCUUUUGAUGAUCAAGGAGAAAAUCAGUACCGCCACCUGGGUUCUGAUACUCGCAGUCAGAAGGUAUCUCUUACUGAGCAGGGGUAGAUUGAAAAGUGCAUGAUUCUGAGGACAUCAUUCCAUGUGAAUUAUCGCUGCAGUAAAGGAAGAAAGUUGAAAUUAAGGCGAACAAAUUCAGUUUUGGUUGGACUGUUAUCAAGAAUCAAGGUGUUGCCAACCAUCUGUCGUUGCAUUUUCAGGACAGUUUUCUUUAAGAGUAGUAAUAAUUUGCCUAAUAUUUGUAUAAUUUUUUUAAUGAUUUUGUACUAUCCAUAUGUAUUAUUUAUGGGAUCAAGUUAAAAUUAUCACUUCCUCUGGAUUGGUUGCUGCAUUUGAGAUUCUUUUGUCAGCCAGCCAUGGCAAAAUAGCUUCAAUAAGAAGCAGUUCUCUGAGAGUUUAGAUGUCUCAACUGAAGUAUUUGUGUUCAUAAUCAAUUCAAGUUAAAUUGUUCUUUUAAUAA